AUGUGGGUGCGCGUGGUGCUGGCCUGUGCGGUCCUGCGCGCAUGCGCGCGCGCCUGGCCCGGCGGGGCCGUGUGCGCGCGGGAGGCGGCGGGCGGGGGCGGCGCGCGCUACGUGGCGUUCCUGGGCCGCGGUACCGGCACCGGCCCCGCGCUGGUCGAGAGCGCCUUGGCCGCCCCCGGCCGCCUUCGCGCCUGCUGGGCCCGCCGCGACCCGCGUCUUGUCCGCGCCUUCCGCGCCGCCUGCGCGCGCCGCCCGCCCGCCGUGCCCGGGGCCGCGCUGCGCCGGGCCCUGUCCGCGCUGUGGCGGCGCCGCGCCGCCUGCACCGACCCCGCAAAGGCGGGAGCGCAGCGCCAACGCCGCCGCCGGGGCUGGACGCUGCCGGGCACGUUGUGGUGUGGCGCCGGGGACUCGGCAGGGAACUGGAGCGAGCUGGGGCUGUUCCGCGGCCCCGAUCGGUGCUGCCGGGAGCACGACCAGUGCUGGGCGCAGAUCACGGCGCUGCAGUUCAACUACGGCAUCCGCAACUACCGCCUGCACACCGUGUCCCACUGCGACUGCGACGCCAGGUUCCGGCAUUGCCUGCUCGCCAUCAACGACACCGUGUCCAACAUCAUCGGCGUCACCUUCUUCAACCUGCUGGAGGUGCCGUGCUUCGUGCUAGAAGAGAGCGAGGAGUGCAUCCAGUGGCACUGGUGGGGCGGGUGCGAGCGUUAUGGUGUUGUACCCUUGGCCAGGAUGGUGCAGCAGAGUCAGUACCACCCCAGCCUGCCCGCAGAGGAGAGAGGCAGCUCUGCUGCACAGCCCCCGGGUAAGGGAAGGAAUUCCUCUAGAGCAGGGCGCAAGCGGCUCCGACAGGAACUGGAGCCGAAGCCUGGGCGCCACCAGGCACGGAGACCUGAGACAGCCCAGCAGGACCCAGGUAUCCCUGCGUUGGCCAGGGACAGGGCUGAGCCCACAGCCAGGCACCGAGCAGCGCAGCAAGGGCUGAAGCCUGGCCCCCCAACAGCACUGACCACGUUGGGACAGGAUCCAGCUGGAGCAAGGAGCGCACUGGGAAGAGCAGAGCAAGGAGCUGAGGGCUUGGCCCACCCUUGGGAUGGCAGUGUGAGACCCAGCCCAACCGCAGCAGGAUGGAGUGGGCCCACCCCAGUGCCCAAGGUGGAAGAGCGCAGGCAGCAGGGCCCAGGCAGGGUGUGCAGGUGCUACAAGCACCUGGGUAAGUGUGAGCACCAGAUCGCACCCCACAAGGUGAGGUACCAGCUGCACAACGUGAACAGCCAGACACUCCUCCACUGCAACUGCACCCGCAGGCUGGAGCGGUGCCUGCGCAGGGUGAGGAACUGCAGUAACAUGGAGGUGGCUGUCCUGGCUAACCACAUUGCCACAGACUGCUUUGUUCUGGAGCAGCUUGCUGCCUGCAGCCCAGGCAGGGGUUCUCAGGACAGGAAUCACGGCUCCUGGCAAAAAAGACCCGGAUCUGAGUCCUCAGCCCCUGCCAGCCCUAAAGGCCAGGGCAGCGCAUGUGACAGCGGUUCCGCAGCCCCGAAGCGGUGUCCUUCAGCAGCACAAAGCCACAUCCCUCACAACACAUCAAUGCCAUUGCGCAACGGGCACCAGCAAAGGGCCCGUGGGCUCAUUUGGCAGCAGCCAGGAGUCGUCUCAGUCUCAGGGACAUGUUUCAACAGGGAGGGAGGGCAGUGCCCAGGAAAGCCCCAGUGCUCGGAGACAGCGGGGGCAGGUAGCCCGUGGCUCUGUUAUGAUAUCCCGCACGGACAGCGGCACCAGGCAUUCUCCUCACAGGAGCCUGCCUGACUGCAGUCCCGCACCCCAAAUCCUCCAGCUGAACCCUCCACAGUGGGAGGAGAGGUGCAGCUCCAAAGCACAGCGGAGACCUCGGCACUGCGCCCCCUGUCCCCGCGAUGCCCCCGCGGCCCCACUCACCGGAAAGCGCCGUCCUCCGAGGCCCGUCCCGGGCAGUCCGGCAGCGGAUCGCAGGCGUCGCCAGAGCCGGGGCGGCCGAGGGGCCGGCCGAGGAGGGGCAGCUCGCCCGGCUCCGCUCGGGGGGCCAAGCCCGCCCACCCGCCGGCGAGGAACUCGCUGGACACGGCCUUGGGCAGCGCGGGGGCGCGGGGCACGGCGGGGCUCGCCCAGGCCGCGAUGUGGUCGCUGGACUCCGCCUUAGGCAGCAUCUCCCGCCGCUCCGGCGCGGGAAAGGCGGCCCGGCCGAGCGCUGUUGGAGACAGAGGGCCACCCGGCCCGGGGGGCAGCAGGGCCGGCAGCGGGAGCCCCUCGGGCGGGGUCCGGCCCGGGGGCCGCUCCUCGGGCCCGGCGCGCCGCGGGCAGCCGUGCCCGAAGGGGUCGCAGGCGGCGUCCGGCCGGGAGCUCCUACGGCCGACCGGGACGUCGCCGCUGAGGAAAGGCGCCGCCGAAGCCCCUGCCUCGGGCAAGGGCCGGGCUGCGCCCCCGGGGCCGCGCGGGAGGCCGGGCCGGGGCUCCGCGCCGGCGGCUGAGCCCCGGUCGGCGCUGCCGCGCCGGGCCGGGUCCAUCGGCGGGCGGAGACCGGAGCGGCCCCGACCCGGCCCCGCGCACCUUGCGGCCCCGCCACGUGACGUCACCACACCAUGACGUCAACGCCCGCCACCUGCGCGGCGCCUUAAAGGCGCAGGAGCAUCCCCGCCUCGCGCGCACCUGCCGCACCGCCCUGCCGACGUGACGGCCCGAGACGCGCCCCUCCUCUGCCCCCGCCAGCCUGUCCUUACACCUGCACACCCGUCCCUGCUCACCUGUCCUUGCAUCUGCACACCUGUCCUUGCAUCUGCACACCUGUCUUUGUGUGUGCACAACUGUCUUUGCACAUGGAUGACUAACCUCGCUCAUGUACUGCAGUCCUGCACGUACACACGUACACACAUCUUUUGCGCAUGCACAACAGCCAUUGCAAGUACACACCUGUCCUCACACACCUGCCCUUGCCUAUGCACCUCUGCCUCUGCCUCUGCACCUCUGCCCCUGCCUGCCUGUCUGCCUUAGUGCAUUAUUGUGUGUGCAGCUGUGCUCACCACUGUGGCUGUUGUGUCAGCAUGUGCCGGGUGUGUCUGUGGUUUGCUGUGGAGUGUUUGCGAUGUUGGGUGCAUGCACACCCUUGGGCAGCCGUGAGUGUGCGCAGCUGCUUGUGUGUGGCUGUGUGUGCAGCUAUGUUUGUGGCUCUGUGUGUAGCUCUGUGUGUG